UAAAAAGAUUGACAGGUAGGCUUUACUGUCAGGGUGACGCUAGCAGCAAGGGGAGGAGUAAACGUGGAGCAGGAACAGCAACUCGAUGUGUCUGUCUAUCAGUUGAGACUGUCUGAAAACGCUUCUGGAUCCCGAGUGUGCGUUACACUUUUCGCCAAGUAGACGAGACCCCGGUCCACUCCCUGGAGUUUAAGCGAAGAGAAAUUAGUUCAUGUCGAUAUCUGGGCGAGAGGAGCUGCGCUUUUAAGGAGCACUGGUACGGAAAUACAAUUGAAAAGGUGUUCGAUUGCUCUGGACGUGUUAUCGUUCUUUAAAAUAUUCUGGGAGAAGACGCUGCAAAGUACCAACGAAUGAUCGUGAUCUUUCCAAUGGAAGCUGGGGGAGUAACUGAAACUCAGCCUUGAUGCUUGCCUCUCUUUUCUGCCAUAAACUGAUGUGCGGAGAUGGUCCAUAAUGAACAUGCGAGGAGUUGGCGAAAUUCAUACGUCGUAACGAUAUCACUUUUUCGUUAUUUUUUCUUUUAUUUUUAUUUUACCACUAGGUAAAAUUACAAAGGGACAAAUUAAGCUUUGUUAUUUCUUCGCGAGACUUCAGUUCACUUGGAGACGUGAAAUAACUGCAUCACGAAAAGGAGCCCCAUAAAAACGAAUAAAAAGCACUUGAAGAAACAUUCAGAAAAUCAAUAUUUUUCACCCUGUUGUUUUCCCACACUUGAUUGACCUUUAUUUUGAUUCCUGCAUGAAAAGUCCAGUGGAAAGUCAAGGGAAGCAGUAUGCCGCGGAGAAAGCAACAAGAACCGAGGCGAUCUGCAGCUUACGUACCCGAGGAUGAGCUCAAGGCAGCCACAGUUGACGAGGAGCACCUGCAGGAUGACGGCCUGUCCUUGGAUGGCCAGGAUGCGGAGUUCCUGUGCACAGAGGAGGAGGACGGCAAGGAUCCGCCCAGCUACCAGAACUCCCCCUUCAGCACAGCCACCAACCCAGACGCUGGGUACGGCUCCCCGCUUAGUGAUGGCAGCGAGCGGCUGGCCGACUUCAAGAGCACCUCCUCCAAGGAUGGCCAAGAGAAAGAGGAGGCCUGUGUCACAGACAAUGCCCUGUCCCUGCAGGACAGCCUGGCGCAAAUGAAAGCCGUCUAUGCAAACCUGAUCUCUGAUGCCUCCUGGUCCAGCAUCGCCAUGGACAUCAUGAAGGCCAAGCCUGCUAUCAGCAGUGGCAGCAACAGCAGUAGCCACAAUGGGAGGAGCAGUGGCAUCAUCAACAAUCACGUCAACAGCAGCAGCAGCAGUAGUGCAAACAUCUCUGCCACAGCUACUCCCACCACCACCACCGCCACCACCAAUAUCAACAACAACAGCAGCAACAGCGGCAUCAUCAACAGCAACAGCAGCAGCAGUGCAACCAACGGUGGGGGCAUAACCUAUGACUGGCACCAAGCUGCCCUAGCUAAAACCCUGCAACAGACCCCUUACCACCUCCUGCCAGAGCCGAGCCUCUUCAGCACCGUGCAACUGUACAGGCAGAACAACAAACUCUAUGGCCCUGUCUUUACCGGGGCCAGUAAGUUCCGGUGCAAGGACUGCAGUGCAGCCUAUGACACCCUGGUGGGUCUUACUGUCCACAUGAAUGAGACGGGUCACUACCGGGAUGACAACAAGGACAAGGAGGAGGACAGGGGCAAGAGGUGGUCCAAGCCAAGGAAGCGCUCCUUGAUGGAGAUGGAGGGCAAAGAGGAUGCCCAGAAAGUCCUCAAGUGCAUGUACUGUGGGCACUCCUUUGAAUCCCUGCAGGACCUGAGCGUCCACAUGAUCAAAACGAAACAUUACCAGAAAGUGCCUCUUAAAGAACCGGUGCCAGCCUUGGCUUCCAAGUUGGUUCACUCUACCAAAAAACGAGCACUUCAGGACUUGGUCUCUCCUUGUUCCCCAGAGACAGUUAGCGGCAUACCCCUUGGGGACAGCAUGAAAGACCCAAAGGCAGCCAAUCCUUAUGUCACACCCAACAACCGUUAUGGCUAUCAGAAUGGAGCUAGCUACACCUGGCAGUUUGAGGCACGUAAGGCCCAGAUCCUGAAGUGCAUGGAGUGCGGGAGUUCCCAUGAUACCUUGCAGCAGCUCACUGCUCACAUGAUGGUUACUGGACACUUUCUCAAAGUCACCAACUCUGCUUCAAAAAAAGGGAAGCAGCUGGUCUUUGACCCCGUCGUAGAAGAAAAAAUCCAGUCAAUCCCUCUGCCCCCCACCACAACUAGGCUUCCGGUUCCUAAUAUAAAGUCUCAGCCCGAGUCCCCUGCACACUCCUCCUCAGGAUCUGAGGACAAGAAAGAGCCAGAAGAGGAGAAAAUGGAGGUGAAUGAACCAGAGAAAAAGAUCAAAGAGGAGAAAGAGGAGCCUGGUGAGAAGUCUGAGGUGAACUCGACAUAUAAGUACCUCAGAGAGGAGGACUUGGAAGAAACUCCCAAGGGUGGGAUAGAUAUACUUAAAUCCCUUGAAAACACAGUGUCCAGUGCAAUCAGCAAGGCCCAGACAGGCACUCCCACUUGGGGGGGAUAUCCCAGCAUUCAUGCCGCCUAUCAGCUUCAGGGCUCAGUGAAAUCCUCCCUGCCGGCUGUGCAGAGUGUCCAGGUACAGCCGACGUAUACCAGCAGCCUGAAAGCCCUGUCAUCCGACCCCGGCUCGGUGAUACAUUCCCCUAGGAGCCCCUCUCCGCCACACCCCCACAGAAACAACGUUUCAGCCAUGGAGGAGCUGGUGGAGAAGGUAAUAGGGAAGACAUCGUCAGUGAAGAAGGAGAAGGAGGAGAAGGCCUCAGACAAGGGAAAACCAGUACCAGUCAAACCACCUUCCCCGAUAUCCACAAACGAGUACAGCCGGGACUCUCCCAGACCAGACGACCUCAGCUGUGGGAAGAUGGCGAAGAAUGGGCACACCACUGCUGUGUAUGCAGAGUCUGUCUGUAAGAGGGAGCCAAAAGAGACCCCGGUCGAUAAUAACCACCUGAAGAAUGGGACAGAGGCCCUUGCAUCACCAGUCAGCAAUGGCUGCAACAGUUUGGGUAUUAUCACUGAUCAUUCACCGGAACAGCCUUUUGUUAAUCCCCUCAGUGCGUUGCAGUCCAUCAUGAACACUCACCUGGGCAAGGCAUCAAAGCCUGCAGGCCCCACCCUGGAUCCCCUGGCCAUGCUGUACAAAAUCAGUAACAGCAUGAUGGAAAAGCCUAUCUACAACCCAACUCAGGUUAAGCCAGCAGAAUCUAUAAACAGAUAUUACUACGAGUGCAAUGACCAGCCCAUUGACUUGAGGAAGUCAAAAAAUGGCAACGGUAGUACCAACCACAACAGCUCAUCAACUACGGUUAAUAGCAACGGCGGUAGCGGCAACCGACCCAUUCUUUCCAGCCUGUCAGAAUCCGUUUCGUCACCACUCCGAGAGAAUGCGCUGAUGGACAUUUCUGACAUGGUGAAGAAUCUCACAGGUCGGCUGACCCCGAAAUCCUCGACCCCAUCCUCCGUCUCAGAGAAGUCUGAUGCUGACGGCAGUGCAUUUGAUGAUACCCUGGAGGAGCUGUCCCCUGUCCAGAAAAGGAAGGGCCGGCAGUCCAACUGGAACCCUCAGCACCUCCUCAUCCUCCAAGCCCAGUUCGCCUCCAGCCUCCGGGAGACCCCAGAGGGCAAGUAUCUAAUGACUGACCUGGGCCCACAGGAGCGUGUGCACAUCUGCAAAUUCACCGGGCUCUCCAUGACCACCAUCUCUCACUGGCUGGCCAACGUGAAGUACCAGCUGAGGCGGACAGGCGGGACCAAGUUUCUGAAGAACAUUGACUCUGGCCAGCCGGUGUUCCUGUGCAGCGACUGCGCCUCUCAGUUCAGGACUCCCUCCAGCUACAUCAGCCACCUGGAGUCACAUUUAGGCUUCAGUGUGAAGGACCUCUCCAAGAUAUCCGUAGACCACAUCAGGGAGCAGCAGGCAGUCUCCACGGCGAUAACGGACAAGGCGUUCAGCCCCCUGGGGCUUGCCGAGGACGACUCUGGCUCCAUAUUCCAGUGUAAGCUGUGCAAUCGGACUUUCGUCAGCAAGCACGCAGUCAAACUGCACCUUAGUAAAACGCACGGCAAAUCACCAGAGGAUCACCUGAUCUACGUCACUGAGCUGGAGAGGCUGGAGAAACCAUGAAAACAGUCCAGGGGGGCAGCUGUGUAAUCUGACCAGAGAAUCAUUGCACUAAAUGUUGAUCACAGUACUGCACUGGGGCUGAACUGAGCCUUCAAAAUCAGUCUUACUUAUAUUGUGAAACUGCCUAACUGGACCAUGAUUUUUUUUCCUGUUUAAUUUUCCCUUUUUGUUUUCUAACACUUAUUUUGUAACAUAUUUAUAUGCUAUUUGUCUGAUCUGUGCAUGUCAUUUAGUGACUCAAGGUUAAACACUAGUUUUCUCUUCUGUUUAUGCUCUCCAAAAAAUAUAAAAAUUUAUAAAAAAAUAUAAAAAACACUACUGUCUAUAUGGAGACUAUAGAGGAGGCUGAAGCAAAAAAAAAAAAAAGAAAAGAAAAAAAACUGAGAACCAUGUAAAAUAAUGAAUAUGAAGUUACUGAAAUUAAAUGUAUACACCAAAAUAACGGGUGAGCCCUUUUGAAGACCGAAGUUGCACCUUAAAUAUGUGUAAAAGUUUUAUUUUGCAAAGAAAAAAAAAAACAGUAUUUUUAUUUUGUCAGUAUCAUACAUACUCAGAUUAAUUUUAAUGAUCGACCUUGAAUUUACUUUUGGCGAUUUUCAAGUGAAUUAUUAGCCAUCUGCAACAUUAAAAAAAAAAUCAUUUUGGAAGAAUUCUCAAAUAAUUGUAAGAGUACUAGCAAAAGAAAUUAUGAACACUUUUAAAGAAGGGGAAAUUCAGUUGCUGCUUUUGGUUUUAAAAAAAUCAUGUUGAAAGAACAGUAUGCAAGUUUGUUUUUUAACAACACAAAAUGUUUCUCUUCAUUGUAAAGUAUCACUUUAUAAUAAUUUCCAAAUACUGUAUAUGGUUUGUUACAAGUUUAUCUUUCUAUUGUGUGUCGCUUCAAUUUCAGCCCAUAAAAAGAAAAUUUAAGACCGUUACAGGCAAAUGAUUAGAACGUGUAAAAACUACAUAGAACAUAUCUUGACAUUUGCAACAGCUCUGCAUUCUUUGUACUUUAAGACUGUGUGCAUUCUUUAACUUUUAUAUUGUCAUUUUAUAUAUAAAAAAUAAAAACAAAACAAAUUCUGUAUAUAAGUAUAUACUGUAGAGCCUCAAGAUUUCCUUUUUUUUUUUUUUUUUUUAAAUAAAACCUUAGCUCCUCCCGCCUGGUUUACUGAGAUAGUUUGACCUAUUCUUGCAUCCGUUUGAUGCAUGAUAUUGUGUGAAAAUAAAUGAGCAAUGCACAAUGAAUAUACAUUUCAAUGUUUUAUCAUUAAUGUUGUAAAAAAAUGUUUUGGCUCGCACCAAUAAACUUUUUUGUUUCAGUUUUCCCUCAAUUGUAAAAUAAAUCCUAAAGCAGUUCUUGGUAA